AUGAAGCGCAGCCUGAGGAAGAUGCUGCGCCCCGGGGAGAAGAAGGAGCCCCCGGGCGUUGUCUACCAGGGCGUGGAGGACGACAUGGACGACUCCGAGGACUCCUUUAAGGUGGUUUUUGAAGGCAGUACAUGUGGCUUACAAAACUUCAUGAAGAAACAAAAGAAAUUAAGCAAAUAUGAUGAUACGAAUGCCUCCCCUUUGCAUCAUGCUGCAGGAGAAGGUCAAGUGGAGCUGAUGCAGAUGAUCAUCAAUGACUCCUCUUGUGAAGCGCUGAAUGUGAUGGAUGAUUAUGGAAAUACCCCUCUGCAUUGGGCCGCAGAAAAAAACCAGGUUGAAAGUGUUAAGUUUCUUCUCAGCAAAGGAGCCAACCCAAACCUCCGAAACUACAACAUGAUGGCGCCCCUCCAUAUAGCUGUGCAGGGCUUGCACAACGAGGUGAUGAAGGUCUUGACUGAGCACAGCAGUACUGAUAUUAAUUUGGAAGGAGAAAAUGGAAACACAGCUGCAAUGAUUGCAUGUUGCAAGGAUAAUAGUGAAGCCCUGCAGAUAUUGUUCAACAAAGGAGCUAAGCCAUGUAAAUCAAAUAAAUGGAAAUGUUUCCCUGUUCACCAGGCUGCGUUUUCGGGUGCCAAAAAAUGCAUGGAAAUAAUAUUAAAGUUUGGUGAAGAACAGGGAUAUAGCAGAGAGUCUCAUAUUAACUUUGUGAAUAAUGCGAAAGCUAGCCCUCUCCACAUGGCGGUUCAGAGUGGCGACCUGGAAAUGAUUAAGAUGUGCCUGGACAAUGGUGCACAGUUGGAACUGAUGGAGAAUGCGAAGUGCACAGCCCUUCAUUUUGCGGCCACCCAGGGAGCCACUGAGAUUGUUAAAUUGAUGAUAUCUUCCUUUUCCGGUAGCAGUGAUAUUGUUAAUGCAGUGAACGGAAAUCAGGAGACGCCACUUCACAGAGCCUCGUUAUUUGAUCACUAUGAACUAGCCGACUACUUAAUUUCAGUGGGAGCAGAUAUUAACAGCACCGAUUCUGAAGGACGUUCUCCACUUAUAUUAGCAACUACUUCUGCAUCCUGGAAUAUUGUAAAUUUGCUGCUCUCUAAAGGUGCCCGUGUAGACAUAAAAGAUCAUCUUGGACGUAAUUUUUUGCAUUUGACUGUACAGCAACCUUAUGGAUUAAAAAAUUUGCGACCUGAGUUUAUGCAGAUGCAACAUAUUAAAGAGCUGGUCAUGGACGAAGACGACGAUGGGUGCACCCCUCUACAUUACGCAUGCAGACAGGGGGUCCCUGUCUCUGUAAAUAACCUCCUUGGCUUUAACGUGUCCAUUCACUCCAAGAGCAAAGAUAAGAAGUCACCCCUACAUUUUGCAGCCAGUUAUGGGCGUAUCAACACCUGUCAGAGGCUCCUGCAAGACAUGAGUGACACGAGGCUUUUGAAUGAAGGUGACCUGCAUGGAAUGACUCCUCUCCACCUGGCUGCAAAAAAUGGCCACGAUAAAGUAGUUCAACUUCUUCUGAAGAAAGGUGCAUUAUUUCUCAGUGACCACAAUGGCUGGACUGCUUUGCAUCAUGCCUCCUUGGGCGGGUACACUCAGACCAUGAAGGUCAUUCUUGACACUAACUUUAAGUGCACGGAUCAGCUGGAUGAAGAAGGGAACACCGCGCUUCACUUCGCUGCAAAGGAAGGCCACGCCAAAGCCGUCGCACUUCUCCUGAGCUACGGGGCGGACAUCAUCCUGAACAAGCAACAAGCCUCCUUUUUGCAUGUUGCAAUUCACAAUAAGAGGAAGGAGGUGGUUCUUACAACCAUCAGGAACGAAAGAUGGGGAGACUGCUUUAAAGCUUUCAGUCAUUAUUCUCCAAGCAAUAAAUGUCCAACCAUCGAAAUGAUAGAAUACCUCCCAGAAUGCAUGAAAGUACUUUUAGAUUUCUGCAUAAUACCCUCCACAGAAGACAAGUCCUGCCGAGACUACCAUAUCGAGUAUAAUUUCAGAUAUCUUCAAUGUCCGUUAGAAUUCACCAAAAAAGUGACACCUGACCAGAAUAUUAAAUAUGAGCCUCUUACAGCCCUCAAUACAAUGGUACAACAUAACCGCAUAGAGCUUCUCAACCAUCCUGUGUGUAGAGAAUAUUUACUUAUGAAAUGGAUGGCUUAUGGGUUUAGAGCCCAUCUUAUGAACCUAGGAUCUUACUGUCUUGGUCUCAUACCUAUGACCUUACUUGUUGUCAAUAUAAAGCCAGGUAUGGCUUUCAAUUCAACUGGAAUCAUCAAUGAAACUAGUGAUCAUUCAGAAAUGUUAGACACCAAGAAUUCAUAUUCUAUAAAAGUUUGCAUGAUUUUAGUAUUUUUAUCAAGUAUAUUUGGAUAUUGCAAAGAAGUGGCGCAAAUUUUCCAACAGAAAAAGAAUUACUUUUUGGAAUUUAACAAUGUACUUGACUGGAUGAUUUACACAACAAGCAUCAUUUUCGUAUCCCCCUUGUUCGUUGGUAUCCCAGCUCAUGUGCAGUGGCAAUGUGGAGCAAUCGCUAUAUUUUUCUACUGGAUGAACUUCUUAAUGUAUCUUCAGAGAUUUGAAAAUUGUGGCAUUUUCAUCAUUAUGUUGGAGGUAAUUAUGAAAACUUUGUUGAGGUCCACGGUCGUGUUUAUCUUCCUUCUUCUGGCAUUUGGACUCAGCUUUUACGUCCUCCUGAGUGUCCAGGAUGCCUUCAGCUCUCCACCGCUUUCUAUCAUGCAGACCUUCAGCAUGAUGUUGGGAGACAUCAACUAUCGUGAUGCCUUCCUAGAACCGUUUUUGAGAAAUGAAUUGGCAUAUCCAUUUCUGUCCUUUGUACAACUUAUUGCCUUCACAAUGUUUGUCCCAAUUGUCCUCAUGAAUUUACUUAUUGGUUUGGCUGUUGGUGACAUUGCUGAGGUCCAGAAGCAUGCAUUGUUGAAGAGGAUUGCUAUGCAGGUGGAACUUCAUACCAGCUUAGAGAAGAAGCUGCCGCUCUGGUUCCUACACAAAGUGGAUCAGAAGUCCAUUAUGGUGUACCCCAACAGACCCAGACAUACUGGAAUGUUAUUACGUUUGUAUUCUCAUAUCUUUUGCCCCCGAGAAGCGAGACAAGAAAUACCAAAUGCCGAUACAUCUUUAGAAACGGAAAUAUUGAAGCAGAAAUACCGGCUGAAGGAUCUCACAUCGCUUCUGGAAAAACAGCAUGAGCUUAUUAAACUCAUCAUUCAGAAGAUGGAAAUCAUCUCUGAGACAGAGGAUGAAGACAACCAUAGUUCUUUUCAAGACAGGUUUAUAAAAGAGCUGUUAGAACAGAGGAACAGCAAAUGGAGUUCUGUGUUGAGAGCAGUAAAGGCAAAAACACACCCCUCUUAG